AUGGAGGCCUUGAAGGCUCAAUUGGAGCAUCUCAGUAUAGAACAUGAUCUUAUUGAUAUAACUGCGGAGUUCCAGAGCCUUGCGAAGGAAAUGAAGCCCGAAAGCGUCAUCAAGGCGCCUUCAUUUGAUUUGUUCGAGGGAACACACUCUCUUGAGAUCGAUAAUCUCAAACUCGAUUCAAGUUUGCUGCAGCUGACACAGGCAGAACAGGAUUUUGAUUGCAACGUUUCGCAUGGAAGUUCUGAUGAACAAAAAGUGGAAUUUGUGACAGUAAUUGUGGAUCGUAUUUGCAGAUCUAUCGUACAGUGGCUCAAUGAGUUCCAAACUCUGCCAACAACCUUGUUGAGCUGUCGCUACGUCGAACAUAUGAUGCAUCAAUACACGCAGGAUCCAUGUGGCGAUCUCAGUACGUGCAGACUAGAAACCGGUGAUUUACUGUUUGAUCAGGUCCUGGCGAGCUGCGUGGUUGGUGCGUGCUAUUUCGUGAAAUUCGUGCAAACGCUGUUCAGGGCAGGCGUCGUCUUUGAGGAAGAAGACCUCAAUUGCAAUACCAUGGGGCUCGACAUGCUUUCUAACGUCACUAUCGAAAUCGUCAUGUCGCAUCUCGAUUUGAGCCAGCAGCUGCUGAAAAAAUCCUACCCCGAAAAUGAUCAACUUCUUCUGCUGGUCGAAUUAUUGACGCACUUGGUCGAGCUCGACAACUAUCUGCCGUCUAAUGAAGCAUCAUCCUUCGGCUCUCCCAAUCUGGAACCCGUUCACAGGCUGAUCGGCUGCGCAGAGCGGGCAAAAUUUUUUGAGAUGCACAGUCCUGAAGUUUGCGAGGGUGUCUUUUCGACCGGUAUACAAAAGAGACUUUCGAAUCAAUUUCCACCCAGAGAAAUCGUGAAACCGAUGGGUAACGAAUAUGAUGGAUUUAUCGAAAUGGGGAAAGACUUGCUUCUUGUGCUUUCUGUAGAACAAGCUACCACGAUAACAGAAAUCUCUCAGUUUUCUCGAUUCUUCAACCGCACCAAGCAGCGAAACGUUAUAGCUCGAGCCUUUUUCCCUCUCUAUCUGAUGAGGGAUGAUCAAACGGUUUUGGGUCAAUACACCUUUAAUGACUUCUCUUUUCUACAUUUAAAGGAAUUUUCUCUGUGUAGUACAUCCUUGUCCACUGCAUUAGAACAGGAGCCCGGGGACUCAGCUUUGAGACAUAAGUUCGAAGAUUUCUUGCAAGAAAUAUCAAGUGUCUUGUUCGAAUGGUACCAAACAACAGCACAAAAUCGCUGUCGAUACAGACAGGGCUAUAAUAGGCAAUUACUGCUGUGGGAUUCGUUACAAGCCCAAAUCGAGACUUUCGAGUUAGAAUUAGAAGGACAAACGAUAAAGGAUGCACUUGACGAGGACAACACUCUCAUGCCGAUGACGACUUGGGUAUUUUACAUGAAGUUACGUGCCAUGUCCGACUUUGUUUUGAUGGGCUUUGAAUUGGACGUCUACAGACCUUGGGAGUUCUUCAGCAUGUUUUGGUAUGGCUACUACUUGAAUCAACACUUGGAGAAUAAUUUAGCGAGAGUUUCCAAAUCUCUGGUGGCUAAGAUAGCAUCGAUCAUGAGUCUAAAUAAGAAACUCAAGAAAUCAAAGGCGGGUGAAAAAAAGGAUAAGGUGAGAGAGAUCUAUCGUUCUAAAAUGGCCGAGGAAAUGCCGUUUUUAACAAAAACCAGAGAAUUUGUUGCGUAUAGUACUCUAGAUUGCCAAAUUACGAAAACGCUUUCAUUGGUUGGGGCUUGUCAAUUUUCGAUCUUGAAGUCUUGCGGACUCAUCGAUAAUCAGAAUCCUGCCAGUACCGCGUUCAGUUCUUCGGAAUGGGUGCACAAGCUCAGGUUUAAAACCUUUUCUUCAAUAGGUGUUCCUGAACUUCCGACUUACGCAAUGUUUCAGCAGUCUCUGCAAGAUUUUGUCGUCACUGAGCCUAUGUUCGGAAUCAAGCUAUCACAAUGUAUUGACUUUACGCUUGAAGAGCUUGAAAAGGCAAAAUCGUCGCUGCGAAAGAUCAUGGACGAUAUCAAAAUAAAAGAAGAUGAUGCAGCGGCCACGCGGUUGGUACGAAGCGAGUCCUUGGAAUAUUACAAAAGUCGUUACCGGUCUGCCGAAGCUUUGACGAUAAACGCACGCACUUUGAAGACGAAAUUGGCCGACACCGCGACAGCGGACCUGGUCAAGAGAUACACGGUGGAGGUUUCUCGUCCACAUGGCGGAUGUCCGUAUUUCCCCGUGCUGAUACUCAAGGGAAUAGUGUCGCAUUGA